GUAGGUAAAUAGGUAUAAAUGUAACUAAUUUUGUACUCGCCGUGUUCAGACUUGGCGUGAAAGUUUGAAUUUGUAUACGUAUCGUGAUAACAAAGCAAGUUAAAUGAUUCUGCUCUUGAUUGCAUUGUUUUUCAUCGGCUUUGUAACAGGCCGGUCUGGGGUUGGUCCUGGGGAACAGGACUGGGGCUAUGUGACAGUGCGACCUGAAGCUCACAUAUUCUAUUGGUUGUACUAUCAUGAACGGACUACUGAACAUCCCCUUGUUAUAUGGCUGCAGGGCGGUCCUGGCGCAUCAUCUACUGGCUAUGGAAACUUUGAGGAACUAGGCAUUGUGGACACAAACCUCAACGUCCGCAACUACUCUUGGGUGAAACAUGUGAAUGUCCUGUUCAUUGAUAACCCUGUGGGUACAGGCUUCAGCUAUGUGGACAGCUAUUCUGCACUCACUACAAACAAUUCACAGAUUGCAAAAGACCUUGUGACAUUCACUGGAGGCUUCCUUGAGGCUCAUCCUGAGUUCAAAACUGUUCCACUUUAUAUUUUCUCUGAAUCAUAUGGUGGGAAGAUGGCUGCAGAAUAUGCCCUCUUUCUGGACAAGGCAAUCAAAGACGGUAAUAUUGAAGUACCGCUGGAAGGAGUUGCUCUUGGAGACUCCUGGGUCUCUCCCAUUGACUCGGUUCUCACUUGGGCACCAUUUCUUUUACAGAUGGGAUUUGUAGACACUGAAGGAUACAACAUUAUUGACAGUUAUGCUCAGCAAACUAAAGCUGCUAUUGAUGCUGGAAAAUAUGAGUUGGCCACUGAUCUCUGGGGCAGAACUGAAAUGAUUAUCCUGCAAGUGACAGGUGGCAUUGACUUUUACAAUGUUCUGUUCCCUGUCCAUAGUAGCUCUAAAUCUCGGCCCAUAACUUCGUUCAGAGGUCUCGUAAACAAAUUGUUGCUGAGGGAUGAUGAUGAUCUGGAUCACUUUAUGAAUACUGUUGUGAAAGAAGCCUUAGAAAUCCCUGCAGAGGUUACCUGGGGAGGACAAAGCGGUGACGUUUUCGAUUACUUGUCCGAGGACUUCAUGAAACCAGCUACAGAAGUUGUGGAGCAGCUGCUGGAAAAAACAGAUUUAACUGUGUGUGUAUUUACGGGGCAGCUGGAUCUCAUUGUUGACACUCCGGGCACUUUGCUCUGGGCUGAACAGUUGAAGUGGUCUGAAGCUAAAAACUGGGCCACUGCUACAAGAUCACCGGUGGUCAUUAAUGGCAUCAUUGAGGGCUACAAAAAAUCAUUUGGAAAUUUCCACUUCUACUGGCUUCUCCGAUCAGGACACAUGGUUCCCACAGAUAAUCCAACUGGUGCACUCAAGUUACUCCAGGAAAUUACACACUAUAAGUAAACUUAGAGUGAUAUGAAACUUGAGUAAAGAAUUCUAGGAUUUGUUGGUCAUCUGUCCAAGAAUCUUUAUGGAAGGUGUUCAUAAAACAAUUUAAAAAUAUAUAACGAAGUAUUUGGAUUAUAAACUUGCACAUUCAUGAUUUGGUUCUUAGAUAUUCUUUCCAAAUACUUAAGCCAUUUGUAAUUAAUUAUAAUUGAAUUUAUAUGUUAUUUCCAUAAUACAUAUUGUAAUCUUCAAAUAUAUAUUUAUUAUUCAAGUCUAUACACAAACUUU